AUGGUGGAGCCCAAGUCGGACACGGCAAGUUUGCGAUCCAAGAAGAAGCAGCGAGCCCAACAGGCACGUAGAUACGGGUUCGCUUGCUCCAACUGCAGAAGAAAGAAGGCACGAUGUAAUGGAGCCACGCCGGCAUGCGACAAGUGCGUCGCAUCUCGCGAGACGUGCGAUUAUGACCGAGGACCUUCGGUAGCAUAUGCGGCCACCCUCGAGAAAAGACUCAAAGCAUUCGAGGAACGAUUCGAAAGGCUCCGUCAAAGUAGCAAUGUUGACGAACGGGAUGCUCUGAUCCACGAGCCGUUUGAGGAUGUCAGACCAGAGAGGGCGCGAGCCCCCUCAGCACCUAUGGCAGGGCUUGAAAAGCAACAAAAUGAGGCCCAGGAGCCCGAAACCCAGUCGUCUCCGUCUCCUGCGGCUCAGAAUGAGCCGCCUGACGAGACCUCGAUAGGCGUAGACGGCCGCAUUUGCUUUUAUGGCAAGACCAGUCAUUACCAUGUCGAUCCGCAGGAUGACGGAACAGGGGAAGACCUGUUACCAGAAGGUGACGAGCAGCAGGUGCUGAACCUGGGUGUGUCGACAGCUUCAACCGUCUAUACCACGCCCGAACUCAAUCUCUUUGUCGAUGCCCCUGCAUUACCGCAACUGCUGUCUGAGAUAUCUAAUGAAUUGCUGGAUCAUUUCCUGGAUGCGUACUGGUGUUGGUCACAUCACCUACAUCUGGUGCUGAACAAACGGCUGUUUCUGCGCGAUUUAUACACUUCCGGACCUUCAGUAACUCCUUUCUUGGUGAGCGCCGUUCUCGCGCAGGCAGCCCGAUAUUCCACCAGACCCGAGGUAGCUCAUAUAGGGGAUCAUUUUGCCGCUCGAGCUUUGCACUUACUUCCAAGCGAUAUCGACAGAGGUAGUUCGAUUCCCACUAUCCAAGGCUUGCUCAUACUUUCAGCCCGAGAAUGUGCCUGUGGAAGAAUCUCCCAAGGUUGGCUCUACUCCGGUAUGGCGUUCCGGAUGAUGCGUGAUCUCGGCAUCCACAUUGAACCCAGGAAGAUGGGAUAUCUCUCGCGCCAAUUUUCUGAGGAAGAUCUCGCUCUUCGACAACAAGUGUUCUGGAGCUGUUUCACAUGGGACAAAACCAUGAGUCUUUGUCUGGGCAGAGCGCCUAUCGUCCAUGACACGAUCGAUGUCCCGUCCAGAGAAAGCUUGCUGGACGGUACUGAGACGGACGAAGAGCAAUGGGUUCCGGUCCUCGGCAAAGAGACAGAAUCGACGGCGGGCCUCCUCAAGCAGAAGUCUCUUGGGAGCGCUCGCUUUGCUGCAUAUUGCAGGUUGUGCACAAUCAUCGAUGGUGUGCUGGAUGGUCUUUACUGCCGGCCGCACCAGUCCAAACAGGACCAUCUCCUUGCGUUUCUCGAUACCACUAUCGAGAGACUCGAACAGUGGUCGACCAGUCUUCCCGCUGGCCUCUUCAUUGCCCCGGAUAGCAGAGUCUUUCUCUGCCCACCGAUCCACAUUUUACUCCUCAACCUGACAUACCAUGCCACAAUGAUCCUCUUGUGUCGGCCGUACCGGAACAUCUCCCUCCAAGCGCAAGAGCUGUGCACCAAAGCAGCACAAAUGAUCGACACGCUCUUCACACUGCAUGUUCGGCGAUUUGGAUUCCGGUUCAUCACAUAUCUUCAAACAUAUACCAUGUUUGUGGCAUGCACAAUAAAUGUCUUGGAUCUGAAGGAAAAUGAGUCAAAUAGUCGAGGCGCAGUGAACGGGACAACCAUUCGAGAGGAAUGUUUGGCUCUGGCACAGGAAGCAAGUGUCAGAUUGAACUUCGGUUUAGAGGUCUUGCGCCAGGCAGGCGCCACACCCUCAGCCGCAAGGUGUGCGGCCGUCAUUGUUCAGCUGCUCCGACAGUGGUCAAAUAGGCAGGUGAACUCGGAGGUGAGCAAUCAGCAACGACGCCAGCAUUCUGAACAUAUCUCCUCGCCAAAUCUGAGGCACCAAUCGAGCAUAGCCCAAGCAGAGGCAGGGAAUAGUUCACUCGGAGAUGUGACUGGGGCAGGACAUUCCAGCCAGGGCUUUCAGCAGAAUGCACAGUUUCCAACGGACCUGCUGUCCAUACCGGCUUCAAGAAAUGCCAAUGAGAAGAUGUUAUUUCCUGCAGCAAGGUCGACUCUUUCAUAUUCUCAGGCGCCUGAGCAGCCGGUCGAUACACAGACCUCCCCGGCAAUUUCCAGCACGAUGAAUCUUGGGUUCGGCGGCAGUGGUGGUCUCCAAUUACUUCAGCCAGACAGCAGCCCCUACACCAACGCCCAUAUGCCCAAUUUUGUGAACCCGGGCAUCGAGACCCCGAUGCGUUGGUUGCCGGACAAUAUCCAUGACGACGGCAGCUGGAUGUUGAUGAUGGAUUUUGGGGACAACAUCGGUUUGUAA